AUGAUUUCACGGCUCGUACAAGCAGCCGUUUCCUUCACACAACACCAACCACAUAAAUCAGGCAAUCCGGUUCACCUCUGGUUCAGCCUGUGCGGGAUUCGCCAGCCAUCAGUGCAAAAUUCGCCAGCUAUGGCGUCCGCCGUGCGGCUGUUGCGACAUCGCUCUCGCGAAGCAGACUCCGCAAUUCACCGAUUAACUUGUAACUACACGUCUGCUCGUGCCUAUGCCACAGACUCCAUACCCCCGUUCCCCCACAGGCGCCGUUCGUCCCCCGCGUCAUCAGCGAUCCGCGCAGCAUGUUCUCUUGCACCCGCCCCGCGCGCCGAUCCUUCCGCCUCUUCCGCCUCUUCCGCUCCUCCUCCCCCGCGUCCGCUUCUUCCGCCUUCGUCGUCUCCGCAAUUCCCCCAGCAUUUCCACAACUCCGCUAUGUCUGCUUUCGCGGAAGAUCCGCGGAGAGCGCAGUUUCUGGGCAACACGCGGGGAACGGGGGGAGGUGGGGGAAAUGGAAAAAGCGGAGGGUCGAGGGGAGAGCGCUGGUGGAACCGCCGCGGAGGGGAGUGGGCGGGCGCAGGCGGAGCAAUUUUUGCUGGGGUGGCGGCAGUGGGGGUAGCUUGGGGGGAGGCGCGGAGCAGCAAAGAGGGAAGGGCAGAGGAGAAAGGGAAGAGAGGGGAAGGAGGAGGAGUAGGGGAAGAGGGGGAGGAGGAGGAAGGGGAGUUGGUUUCAAAUUGGAGUGGUACGCAUGAGGUUCGGGCCGCUGUGGUGUACCGACCCGAGUCCAUGCAGGAUUUGGAACGGAUAGUUCGAGCAGCCCACAGGGAGGGUCGCACCAUCCGCCCUGUGGGCAGCGCCAUCUCCCCCAACGGCAUUGCUCUGAGCGCCCACGGCAUGGUGAAUCUGGCCUUAAUGGACCGAGUGCUGCAUGUGGAUAAGGCCACGGGGAGGGUGCGCGUGCAGGCAGGGGCGCGCGUGGAACAGGUGGUGGAAGCACUGAGGCCGCAUGGAUUGACGCUGCAGAACUAUGCUUCAGUGCGGGAGCAGCAGAUCGGCGGGUUCAUACAGGUGGGAGCACAUGGCACAGGGGCCGGCAUUCCCCCAGUGGACGAGCAGGUGGUGGCCAUUAAGCUCGUGACACCUGGCAAGGGCACGCUGCAUCUGACGCCCGAAGCUGACCCGGACCUGUUUUACCUGGCUCGGUGCGGGCUCGGAGCGCUGGGGGUGGUGGGGGAGGUGGAGUUACAGGCAGUGCCGGCUCACAGACUAAGGGAGGAAACGUUUGUUACUACUAAGGAGGAGAUCAAGAGGCAUCAUGGUGCCGGCUCACAGGCUCAGAGAGGAAGCAUUCGUUACUGCCAAGGAGGGGAUCAAGAGGCACCAUGUGUGAGUGCGUUGGGAAUGGUUGUCUCAGAAUGGUGGAAACACGUGCAAGGGGUGGUUAAGGCGCUGCUGGGGGAGGUGGAGUUGCAAGCAGUGCCGGCCGGCUCACAGAAUGAGGGAGGAGACGUUUGCUACUAUGAAGGAGGAGAUUAA